AUGGAUCAAUGGCCGGGCUAUCAGGACGCUGCCGGCGCUUCGAGAAGAUAUAACGGCAGCAGUCAAACGACGCCUACUCGUGAAUACCCUCCACAGCAAUCUGGAAUGGUACAUCCACCCGCUGGCUUCAAGUACGAUCAAUACCAGGGCCCAAUAAAUUCUCAUUCUGCACAGUCUAGUGUCGCGUCACCUGUAACCUCACCGCGCGAUGGUAAUGGCGACGUUCCGAUGCAAGACGUCCAUGAUCCCUACGGCGCCAUGAAGUAUCCUAUGCGCCCACACCAUCAAUCCCAUCUCUCUGGCAGCCGAUCGGCCAACCUCCAUUCACCUUCUGAGCCCUCAGCUGCUGCCCAGCGUUACUCACCGAUGGAAGUUCUAUCACCCACCUCGCCCUAUAGCUCCGGCUCCAAGGUGGCAUCAGCCCAAGGGCAGUAUUCAACACCACAUAGCCAGCGUCAGUCUCCGAGUAGAUCCGACUACCCUCCUACAAGCCCUUAUUAUAGUCGUCAGGGUUCGCAACAGCUUCCCCCGAUAGCGCCUUAUGUCAAUAACCAAGAAAACUACCAGUCACCUACGGCCCCUACCCUUGAUGGCGCUUAUACUAAUGAUCCCAAGUCGCCUAGGCGGCCGCCACAUCCACAGGCGUCCAAGGUACCAGCUGAGAAAAAGCCCGUUCCGCAGCUCAGGAAAAUUGAGACACCAUCUGAAUUGCAGCCAAGAAUUAACGCACAGCCACCGUUUCGACGGGCAAACCCUGAGGGUGGUUUCAUCAGCCCUCUGCAAGCUCUCACAAUCCAAUUACCCGCGACCUACCGGAUUUGCAAUCCUAAUUUCAAGUACGAGUCCUCGAGAAAUCCUCGCCGCGUGUUAACCAAGCCGAGCAAAGGAACAAAGAAUGAUGGAUACGAUAAUGAGGACAGCGACUAUAUACUCUAUGUCAACGACAUACUGGGAUCGGAGGAGGCCGGCCACAAGAACCGGUACCUAAUUCUGGAUGUACUUGGACAGGGAACCUUUGGACAAGUUGUCAAGUGCCAAAAUCUAAAGACACAAGAGGUUGUGGCUGUUAAAGUUAUCAAGAACCGCACAGCCUACUUUAACCAGAGUAUGAUGGAGGUAUCAGUGCUUGACUUGGUGAAUACAAAGCUCGACAAGAACGACGACCAUCAUUUGUUACGGCUUAAAGACACAUUCAUACAUCGACAGCAUCUUUGCUUGGUAUUCGAAUUACUGAGCGUCAACCUGUAUGAAUUGAUCAAACAAAACCAAUUUCGAGGCCUGAGCACAACACUUGUGCGAGUUUUCGCACAACAGCUUCUAAACGGGCUGGCCCUUUUGAACAAGGCUCGAUUAAUACACUGUGAUUUGAAGCCAGAAAAUAUUCUAUUGAAAAACCUGGAGAGUCCGAUCAUCAAGAUUAUCGAUUUUGGUUCGGCUUGUGACGAGCGGCAAACUGUGUACACCUAUAUCCAGUCAAGGUUCUAUCGAUCUCCAGAGGUAUUACUGGGUCUUCCCUACUCAUCCGCAAUCGACAUGUGGUCUCUUGGUUGCAUUGUUGUCGAACUCUUCCUCGGGUUACCAUUGUUUCCUGGCUCUUCGGAAUAUAACCAAGUAUCAAGAAUUGUCGAAAUGCUUGGCAAUCCGCCGAAUUGGAUGAUUGAGGUUGGCAAACAAGCCGGCGAUUUCUUCGAGAAAAGACAAGACGAAUAUGGCCGAAAGAACUACCACCUAAAGAGCAUGGAACAAUAUUCGAGGGAGCGCAACGUGAAAGAGCAACCUAGUAAGAAGUAUUUUCAAGCGAAUAAUCUACCUGAGAUUAUAAAAACGUAUCCUUUACCACGAAAGAACAUGAAGCCGAGCGAAGUUGAGCGAGAAAUGAAUAACCGAACAGCUUUCAUUGAUUUCGUCCGAGGGCUGUUAACAAUCAGUCCGCUUGAACGGUGGUCUCCUCAACAGGCUAAACUUCAUCCUUUCAUUACCCAGCAGAAGUUCACAGGUCCUUUUGUUCCGCCGAUGAACUUGAAAGCAAGUUCGCUUAACCGGUCACCGGCACCAGGCACUCAACAACAACAGCAAGCCGCCGAACUUAGCAAACAGAGGGAAAGAGCUCAGGCAGCUCAGGCUCAAGCGCAAGCUCAGGCACAGGCUGCUGCUCAAGGCAACUAUGGGAUGCAGACUACCCAGUACCCCCAGUCUCCUCAUGCACAGCCUCCCAUAUAUGGAAACAACGGCAUGUACACGCCUGGCAGUAGUCAUGGAGGCGCACCUCCACCUUACGCUGCUCAGCAAUCCCCGUAUGGUCAAAUAGUCAUGAAUCAACCGCCAGCACAAAUGCCGGCUGCGAAUUAUGGUGGUGUACCACAACCGAACUUGUACCAACAAGCCACAGUUAGAGCCGGGCGUCAGCGAGCCUCUACAAUGGACCAACAGCAGAGCGGAAUUCCAGCAGCAAUCCAGAGAGUUGCAAGCCAUCUAGAUCCGAGCCAGCCGAUUCGACUGCAGCCGAGCCCAGCGUACUACCCUCCACCUGCUGAGGGAAUGGGUCUUACAGAUCCUGGCGCUGGUAGAGUUGCCGGUCGACGAGAUAGCCGAGCACAGAGGGGCGGUACCCGAGGCGGCAACAGGGAUUUUAUUCGCAAUUUGGAAGAACGAACAAUGGAAGAGGGUUUCAGUAACCAAACCACGUGGCAUUGA